UGCCCGUUCAUUUUAUUUGAUCUAUUAGCCUAUUCAUGCACUUGAGCUAUUCAUCAUUUAAGAUAAUUUUGUUGAAAUGGUGUGACUGGUUACAAAUACAUUUUAUUUAUUGUAAGCGUUCAGAACGCUGGAUCGUUCGUCUUUUGGAACUCGGAGGCGCGUCCUAGUGCGCCCCUGAAUUGCUGUCUAUGUAGGCAGCUGACUAGGAUUUAAGACACAGCCAUUUCAGAAAGCGUCUCUGGCACAUGGGCUUUAUGAGAUCGCUCGCUCAGAGGCGUUCUAACGGGACGAGCCGAGGCGGUCACUAAUCCGCGUUUUACAGGCGUCCGCUCUUACAUGCCACAGUAACGACAACAGCAGCAGGCAAUCAUGACUAUAGACGCGCCCGUUAUUUUGUCCGCACUUUUCUUUACGAUUAUUGCCAUUAUAGUUGCAUCGGCGUUCCUGGCGAAGAAACCUGCGCAAAAGAAAGAACAGAAACAGAAACAGCAUGAGAAAUCCGAGCGGGUUACUGAGUAUCACCAGCCCAUAGUAGAGCAACCAGCUCCAGCUCCAGUUCAGAAGGAGGUGAUUAUUGAAAAGAAAAGGGAAGAACCCGCUCCUGUCGCUCCUGUCGUAGAAGCUGAAGUCAUCCCCGUGCAACAAACACCUGUACAGGCAGAGGUAAAGGCUGAAGAGGAGAUAGCUGUUGAGCCAAAAAAGGAAGAGCCUGCUGCAGUCGCGCCUGUAAUUGAGGAAGUUGGUGUUGUAGAGGAACAGCCUGCAGUUGAACCUGAGGUCACCCCCCUGCAAGAAACACCUGUCCAGGCAGCUCCGGAGCCUGAGCCUGUACACAAAGAUGUCACAGCAUCUGCACCUGUGGAAGAGCCCACCCCUGUGCCAGAGCCAGAGCCUGAGCAAGUACCCGCCUCGUCACCAGCACCAGUGGCUGCACCAGUGGAAGAGCCAGUGCCUGAACCAGUGAAGGAGUCUGUCCCAGAACCAGAACCAGUGCCUGAACCCGUCCUCGAGGUGCCCAUCCCUGAACCAGCAUCUGAACCCACCCCAGAACCAGUUUCUGUACCAACCCCUGAACCAGCGCCUGCACCCAUCGCAGAGCCAGCGUCCGUACCAGCCCCUGAAGCAGCGCCUGUGCCCAUCCCGGAGACCUCACCAGCAGCCGAAUCUCUUCCAGAGGUCCUAGAGAAUAAUGAUGUUGCAGCUGCUUUACUGACAGAUGAGGUCGAGACCCCCGCAGUCGUGCCCGGUAAUAAGAGGACCACCAAGUUUGAGAAGAGAAUGACCGAGGAGGAGAUGGAAGAGGAGCAGAGGGUACAGCAGGAGCAGCUGACUGCCAUCUUCAAACUGCUCCGAGAGAAUCAGGACACGUUUGGAGAGAUGACCGAGGGAGAAGUGGAGGAACAGCUCAAACUUUACUCGCUUUAGUCUGACCACACACAGUUUCAUAUAGGAUAGAACAUGGGCUUUUCAACUGCGCUUGACCCGAGUUAAUAUCUGUAGCACUGUUUAAAUUUACUAUACUGUUAUGCUUGGGGUCACAGGCACUCCAGCUCUUUAUAAAUAAUGUAAUUGUAAGAUUGAGGGUUAAGCAGGAUUUAAUGCUUGUAAUUUGGAAAGAGGUUCACGUUCAACCCUAAAAUGUUAGUGUAAAAAGCUCAGCUUGAUCUCCGCAUGAUCACUGUGUAAAACUCUUGUUGUAUUAUACACAGAUACUGUAGUGUCCUCAUGACCGUAUCAGCUGAACUUUUUACUAAUUUUCUAGUUUUUUUUUUAGUGCGUGAUUGGGAAAUAUAAAUAGUGUGCGUUAGUGUUCUUGCAUUUCUUUUGGUGUUUAUAUGGAUUAAUGCUUCAGAAUCUAAUUCUAAUCUACUAUAUAGAAUUCAAAUGGCAUAUUCAAAAUAGUUUACUGCUGCAUUUUCUAU